AUGGAGAAGAAGCUGAUUGCAGUGAUUGGUGGAUUGGAUUCCCCUACUUCUCUUGAUAUGAGGAUUCUCCUGGAUAUCUAUAAAAUUCCCCAGAUAGUCCCAGUUUCUCUGUGUACACCAAGCUGUUGUCCAGGUUCUAGGAAGCAAAUGAUGGAGGGGAAGCCAUUUUGCUGCUAUUCUUGCAUCCCAUGUCCAGAAGGGAAGAUUUCUGAGAAAGAGGAUCUGAAUGACUGUUACAGCUGUACAGAUGAAAAUUAUCCCAACAAAAACCAGGAUUCAUGUAUUCUGAAGGAUAUAAGUUUCUUGUCCUAUAAAGAACCUUUGGGGAUCAGUUUAGCCUGUUUUUCUCUUUUCUGUUCCACAAUCACAGUUCUGGUACUAAGGACAUUUCUGAUGCAUCACAACACUCCCAUCGUCAAAGCCAGCAACCGGGAUCUCACCUACAUACUCCUGGUCACCCUCCUGCUCUGCUUCCUUUGUGCAUUACUAUUCGUCGGUCAGCCAAGUAAGGUGACAUGUCUUCUCCGACAAACUGCUUUCAGCAUCAUCUUCUCUGUGGCUGUUUCCUGUGUGUUGGCCAAGACUGUGACUGUGGUUCUGGCUUUCAUGGCAACCAAACCAGGAAGUGGGAUGAAGAAAUGGGUAGGGAAAAGACUAGGCUAUUCUUUUGUUUUAUCUGGCUUCUUAAUUCAGGUGGGCAUUUGCACAAUAUGGCUGUCCAUCUCUCCUCCUGUCCCAGAUGCUGACCUGCACUCAGAGACUGGAAAAAUUGUCCUACAGUGUAAGGAAGGGUUCAUGAUUAUGUUUUAUUUUUCAAGGUGUUAUAUGGGCUCCUUGGCCAUGAUCAGUUUCAUCGUUGCUUUCUUAGCCAGGAAGUUACCAGAUACUUUUAAUGAAGCCAAGUUCAUCACUUUCAGCAUGUUGAUCUUCUGCAGUGUUUGGUUGUCCUUUGUUCCAACCUACCUGAGCACGAAGGGGAAAUACCUGGUGGUUGUGGAGAUCUUCUCAAUGUUAGCCUCAAGUGCUGGGCUGCUGAGCUGUAUCUUUUUCCCUAAGUGCUACAUUAUUCUGCUGAGGCCUGAGCUGAACAAUUGUGAGCUAAAAAGGAAGAAAAAUGAAAAGUGGUGA